AUGGCAUUCUUCUGCUCUGGAUGGGUUCGUGCUUGUUGGCCAUUGCACGAUGAAUCCCUCUGCCUUAAUCAUGUUAUGUCUGACGAAACUGCGCCGUGGAAUUGGAUAUCGUUACCUUUAUGGAAGGAUUGGACCGUAAAGAAAAGAUGGAGCCAGCAGUAUGUUCCUUUCUUUUCCUUUACGGAAAUAAUGAAGUGUAUCAGCAAGACAGCAACAACAACAACAGCAAAAGAAAAGUUCACCAAAGUGGAUGAGCAUUGGCAUUGCCUGCAAGUGCAAGCAAGGAACCAUGGAUGCAUGCUUUGGCACAGAAGGCAAGCAACAUCGAGAUGCCAAAAGCAGGUUUUCACAGAGUGUGAUAAGGAAUUUAUGCAUCCUGAUAUUGUAGGGAGUGGAGAAAUCUGCAGCCCAUGGGUAGUAAAGGAUUUUGAUGACGGCGUCAAACAAUUGGCUGAUUUUUUGCGCAAAAGCGAUGGUAUAGAAGGCAAAACUAAAGCAUUCUUCUUUCGUGGCUGGAGCCGCGUGGCUCUGGGAGCAUCUGCUGUUCUUAGAGAUGUAGCAAAACUACUAAAAUACACAAUAUGUGAUGAUUCUGACAUGACAAAGCAUUUUAACAGAAUUGUCCAUGUGGACUGUUCCCUAUGGAAAAAUAGAAGGACCAUGCAGAGGGCAAUCGCAAAGGAGUUGAACCUUCGCCACGUGAUGCCCAUAUUUGAUAGGCAGGAUGAAGAAGAUGAUUUCGUAGGGGUAGAUGUCAGCUCUAGAAAAGAGAUUGUAGUUACCUUGGAGUCCCUUUGGUAUGGAGAUCCAGAUUACAGCACAAAAAUCCAUCAUAUAUUGCACGAAGUUGCUAUUAGAGUGAUUGGUGACACCGGUAUGGAUGGCAUCAACCCAGAAACAGUUUUGGAUUGCUUCUUGUACUCAUUGUUCCUGACAGCACAGUUACCUCAAAACUCUACUGGUGUUGGCUAUGGUUGGGCUACUCAUGCUUGCAAUUAUUGGAUUUGUGAUGGAAUGCGUGGAGAGGACAAGGCUUGGGAGAUUGGCUAUAUGUUGUAUGGAGUGAUACCAUUGGACGAAUGUUCUUCAUCUGAAACGGCACAAAGAAGAUAUUUGGCACACUUUCUGCCUAGGCUGGGUAAAGGCUGGUAUUCAGUCACCUCCAAUAAUGGAGGAACAAAUCAUAUAUCUAAUGUUCCUGCUGAUGCAUCAUCAUAUUUCCUAACAUUCCACGGUAAUGAUCCAGUAUAUGUAUGUAAUGAUCUGUUUCAGCUAGCCAGCAACAACCUUCGUGUGCUAAAACUCUGCAACUGCAGCUUCGAUUUUGCAUCCCCUCCUUUCCAGUGCUGCAGCAACCUAAGAUUCCUUUGGCUUGAACAUUGUGCAAACACAUGGAAGGAGCAAAGUGGGGCGCCAAUUUUUCCGAACCUGCUGGUGUUUGACUUACGUUUCACAGAUUAUGUUUUGCUGCCUCAGAUGAUUGAACUGAUGACCAAUCUCAGGGAGCUAAAUACAAAGGGAAUACCAUGGAAGACUAUCAGUGCUAUUUGGAAAAAGUUGAAGAAGCUUCAGAAGCUCCGAUUAACAGAAUCUUCAGAUGUGGUCGCGGUGGACAGAUGCUCUUCUGUAGAUAUGAUGAACCUGGAGCUCCUUGACUUGUCCGGAAACACUCACCUGGAAUCAUUGCCAACAUUGUCAUCCGCAAGAAGCCUGAAGAUUCUUGUUCUUGACGGAUGUUCCAGCUUGGACCAGGUUGCACUUGCCGUGGAAAGAGCUCCUCCACUGCUUGAAAGUUUUUGCUCCGAUGGUUAUGGCCCAGCAAAGGAUUGGACACAUUCCAUACACCUGCCACAAAAGGAAUUGCGCCUCAAGUCUCCUUUAGCUCCAGUUGAAAUAGUCAAGGUGACAAAGAUCUCCCUACAUGGUUGUGGUCGAUUGCAAAACAUAUUCCUGCGUGCACUGCCCAAUCUGGAGGAACUAGACCUCUCUGGUACAGCCAUUAAAAUAAUUGACCUCGAUGCAAUGGAUGUCCCGAAACUCAAGAAGUUGUUCCUAUUGGGUUGUGCCCCAAGCCUCAGGGAUUGCUGGGGUCUCAGGCGCCUUCCGGCUGUAGCACGUGAAGGCCCUAAGCCAGUGGUAGACUGCAAGAAGGACUUGUGGGACAGCCUCGGGUGGGAUGGCCUGGAUGCCAGACAUCACCCGUCGCUCUUCGAGACGCACCACUCGGCCUACUACAAGAAGACCCUCCCGUGGGGCUCCUAUCUAAGGUAA